AUGACCUUGUUUGAAAAUGUCACUCGGGCCCUGGCCAGACAGCUCAAUCCCCGAGGAGACUUGACCCCCUUGGAUAGCCUCAUUGACUUUAAGCGCUUCCAUCCCUUCUGCCUGGUCCUGAGGAAGAGGAAAAGCACACUGUUCUGGGGUGCCCGUUAUGUCCGCACUGACUAUACACUCCUAGAUCUGCUACAGCCAGGAGCCUCACCUUCAGAUCCAUCCGACACAGGAAACUUCUCUUUCAAGAAGAUGCUGGAUGCCCGCCUGGAGGGUGAAGUAGAUGUCCCCAAAACAGUGAAAGUCAAAGGGACAGCAGGGCUCUCACACAGCAGUACCCUAGAGGUUCAGUCUCUCAGUGUUUCUGCUAAAGCCUUGGAUGACUUACAUAAGGAAAGGAAGCUUAUGCCAGAGCAUUCAUUCCUGCAAGAGAUAAAGGAACGAGGGGAAAACCUGUAUGUGGUGAUGGAAGUUGUGGAAACUGUGAAGGAGAUCACCCUGGAGAAUGCUGGGAAAGCUUCAGGAUGCUUCUCCCUCCCCUUCUUUGCCCCUUUGGGCCUACAGGGGUCCAUAGACCACAAGGAAGCUAUCACCAUUCCCCAGGGCUGUGUCCUAGCCUACCGAGUGAGGCAGCUGAUAGUCAAAGGAAAGGAUGACUGGGAUAUUCCCCAUGUAUGCAACGAAGACAUGAAAACUUUCCCUCCAGAAGGUGAGUAGAAUUGCUCUCAGAAAAUCCUGAGGAUAAAACAUUCACCCGUAACUGAAGUCCCAGAAAAUUUUGGAACACUAAAGAAAGAAGUUCAAAAUGAAGCCCAAGAGGUGGCCAAAUUAAGCAAGGAAGGGCAGGAGUCACUACUCAAGUCCCUCAGAAGCAUUCUGGGGAAGAAACAAGACCUCCAAGAUUUAGAGCUCACGUUUGAAGAAGCUCUGAACAAGGGGCAUCCUGUGUCCCUGGAGGCCAACCCAAAAGACAUUGAACUCUCCCGUGAUGUUGUGGAAGGCGUUCUUUAUUUUCUUGGAGCCCUGACAGAGCUGACUGAAGCCCAACAUAAACUACUAGCAAAAUCCAUGGAGAUGAAGCUCUUGCCCCAGCAGCUAAAACUGGUGGAGAGUGUUAUGGAGCAGAACUUUCUACAGACUGAGGAAGGUUUAUUUCCCCUAAAGCCUGAGCUACUAUCCUCCCUUGGGGAUGAGGAGCUGACUUUCACUGAGGCUCUCGUGGGGCUCAGUGGCCUGGAAAUGCAGAGAUCAGGCCCCAAGUACAACUGGGACCCUGACACACUCCCCCAACUCUGUGCCCUGUAUGCUAGCCUCUCCUUCCUACAGCUAUUAACCAAGCACUCCUAAAUUCCUCUUAACCCUGCCUCCACUUGUCUUUUUUCCCUUAUACUAUUCUCCCUCACGUUCUUUUCUCUCCAUUCUCCUAUAAUACUCAGAACCAGUGUUACUGAAGAGGAAAUCCCACUCAAGUGGGAUAAAUAUUUUAGGACCAAGGUCCCUAAUCCCUGCCCUCUUUGCCACUGUCCCUCAGCUGAAAUUUAAACCCUCAAAAAGUAAUUUCUUUAAAAAAAAUUUUAAGUAAAUAUUAU